UGAGUACACUAAAUUCAAUGGGUAGAAAAAAUAGUUUGGGUGAAUCUUCAAAACAAAAACACUAACUUUCUUUGUCACGCACCUUCCAAUUAACUUGUUUGCAGAUCUAAGUUCUCGUGCAGGUAGAGUAGUUUGGAGGAUUCUGAAAUAUAUUUUUCUCUGGAGUAAUCAAGAAACCAUAAGAAUUGACAACAAUGAACACGGAAGGUGGAAGUGAAGGGGGAAAUAACAACUUUACAACUAUCCAUGAUGAACCUCUCACAACUAAUAGCAAUGAGCCGCGGUGGCUACAAUACCUAACCAAUCGUUUGAGAUGGAGAGAAGCAAUUUAUAACAACGUUGGUCAUGAAAUUUUUGAGAAUCCUGCAAAUAAACAAUCAUGUUGCAUUUGUCUGGGUAAAUAUAAAAUUGGAGAAGAUAUUGGAAAGUUGAACUGCGGACAUAGAUUUCACUGGUAUUGCAUUCUAAAGUGGCUUAUAGUAAGAAAUGUAUGCCCCCUAUGCAAUCGAAGAGGAUUGUAUUUUGAAUAAUAAAGAAGACAAUUAUGAAAACUGUGUCAAAAGAUUAUAGUUUUGAGUGAUGGCUGAUUUGC